CUGUUGUGCUUUAGAUAUGGGCAUAUAUAAAUAAAAGAAAUGAAAUCACAGAGAGGCGUGGGUAAAGCCGUGUCUGUCUCCACCAUCUUCAAGUUCAACCCAAUAAUGGCUUCCCUGUUGCCAUUGCUGUUUGUGUUUGCGAUUCAACCAUGGCGGGUGACGUCGGAGCAGUACAAAAACAUAUUCAUACUUGCGGGACAGAGCAACAUGGCAGGACGAGGUGGAGUCAGUGAAACAACGGCAACAUGGGACGGUGUGGUUCCGCCGGAGAGCCAACCGAAGCCGUCGAUUUUGCGGCUGAACGCGAAGCUGGAAUGGGUGGAAGCGCAAGAGCCACUCCACGCGGACAUCGAUGUGACGAAGACGAAUGGAGUUGGACCGGGGAUGGCGUUCGCGAACACGAUCUUGGAAAAGCGACCGGGUUUCGGUGUGGUCGGUUUGGUGCCAUGUGCAAUCGGAGGCACAAACAUAAGCGAGUGGGAACGCGGGAAAGUGCACUACACGCGCAUGAUGAAGAGGGUUAAGGCUUCGUUGCAAGGUGGUGGUGCCCUUCAAGCUCUGCUUUGGUAUCAAGGUGAGUCUGAUACUUUGCUUCUCAGUGAUGCCCAAUCUUAUCGAACAAGACUUGCCAAGUUUUUCUUGGAUCUUCGUGCUGAUCUUAACUCUCCAUUGCUUCCUAUAAUUCAGGUAGCUUUGGCAUCUGGAGAAGGCCCUUACAUAGACACAGUAAGAGAAGCUCAGCUUGAUAUGGACCUCCUCAACUUGAGAACUGUCGACGCAAAGGGCUUGCCUCUUGGGCCUGAUGGGCUUCACCUUACCACCCAGGCCCAAGUUCAUCUUGGGCAGGUAAUGGCUGAUGCAUUCCUUCAAUUUGUACCCACUUCACUUCCAAAAAACAAUGUUCUUCCUAUUCAUAAUGGAGCUCCUCCUACAAGACCUCACAAUGGUGCCUCCCAAAUUUAUAUGAUCCCAAUAUCGAUAACAUUUCUUACCGUAGUAUCCUUAACUUUGUUAUAGCAAGCAUUCAUUCACUUUUCAGCACUAUUUCAUUACACGGCCUAAGCACAGUGAGAUGAGCGAAGUUGAUAAGAAAAUUAUAGCUCUGUACGAAUAUUUUAAGUGGAUCAGUGAGUUAACUAUUAAAACCAA